CUGUUGAAAAAGUUGGAUAAGACGGUAAAGUCAGAGGAACCGUCAGGGUUGGAACUCGUGGACCUGCGUGACUUUGAAAGUCAUGAUCUGUGCUUGGAGGGGAUGGGCGCAAUGAACUUCUCCUACAACGGCGAGUUUGUCUACAUGGCGCUCUCCGAUCGAAGCAGCGAGAAGCUUCUUGAUGUUGUUUGCAGCCCCGAAAAUUUAAACAUUCCAAAAGAGAAGCGCUUUGUCUUCACUGCUGUACUCCCACGUUUCAGUGGUGAAAAUAAACGCUGCGUCGGUGAAGACGUUGUACAUCAUACCAACCUGAUUGGUUGGUGCGGAAAGGGUAUCUGUGCAUGGGGACUUAACUUUUUGCGUUUUUCCUCCGAGGAGAAAAAACAAGCAUUCUUUGAGCACCUGGAGGCAACGUAUAAAAAGAUCAUUAACCUGAGCGCGGAAGAAAUUCGCGCAUUUGCCGGCAACGCAUGCGAAAUUGCACUGUCGAGCGAAGAAGAAGAGCGUCAUGUGCUUUGCAUCUCCAAUGAAGCUCUUAACUCCCUCCAUCACCGCAACUAUCAGAUCCUUGAGGAAUGGUAUGGGCGGGAGAAUAUUUUUGUCUUCUAUGCAGAGACACUCGAGCGCCGAUCCGGUACCUCCAUUUCAAGUCUCAUCUCCUGCCCCGUCACUCACGGCGAAGUUCUUCCCGCGCCUGGAGAAGUGACGGCUUUGGAGGUGGCGCAUGUCGACGAGAAGGUUAUUGCGAAUCUGUUGAACCGUUGA